UGCUUCAGGUCCACGUACUCCGAGUAAAAGCCCUCGAUGUGCUGGCAGUAGCCGGCCAGCACAGCCUGAUACUCCUGCCACAGCUUCUCCAGGCGAGCCUCUCCUCUGGAGGUGAUCUGCUCCAGCUGCAGUUGCAUCUGGAAGUUGGGAUCAAAUACUAUUAAGUAACCUCUCAUCGAAGUGCAUUGCACGCAAUGCUGAAAUGAAGAUUGAUAUGUGACUUGGUUCAUUGUGCGUCAGUCACUCCGUAAUUGGGAUGCCAUUCCCGAGUGGUAUAUAUAAGUGGACUCAGCUGCUCCUCCAUUCAGUUCCCAAGAUGAAACAGUUGACGCUGCUGCUGCUUUGCCUGAGCUGCACCUACGCACUGAAGUGCAGAUCCCAGGAGGGAUUAGGUGAAGCGGAGCUCAAGCGAACUGUGCGCAGCUGCAUGCGUCGCCAGGACGACGACGACGGGGAUCGAGGACGCGGUGGACAGGGCCGGCCAGGGAAUGGGUAUGAGUACGGUUACGGCAUGGACCAGGAUGAGGAGCAGGACAGGAAUCCGGGCAACAGGGGCGGCUAUGGCAAUCGCAGGCAGCGCGGAUUAAGGCAAUCGGAUGGAAGGAACCACACCAGCAGCGAUGGAGGUCAGUGUGUGGCCCAGUGCUUUUUCGAGCAGAUGAACAUGGUGGAUGGCAGUGGGAUGCCCGAUCGGCGCAAGGUGAGCUAUCUGCUGACCAAGGACCUGCGGGAUCGGGAGCUGCGCAACUUCUUCACGGACACCGUGCAGCAGUGCUUCCGGUAUCUGGAGAGCAACGGCAGGGGCACCAGGCACCACAAGUGCACGGUGGCCCGGGAGCUGGUCAAGUGCAUGUCGGAGUACGCGAAGGCGCAGUGCGAGGAUUGGCAGGAGCACGGCAGCAUGCUCUUCAACUAGGCGUAAGCUUACCCCACUCUUUAGGUCCUCGCAGCGGUCCAGGAAGCGCUCGUGGUUGCCCCGAAUGCCGCCAUCCGUGUUCUCCUCCAGCUGAUAGAAGACGCACUCCAGCUGCUGCUGC